UAUCUGUCUAUUUCAUUCGCGAUGUCUGACACAGCAUGGCCGAGGGGAAACAGACGGUCGCCAAUUUGCGGCAGCGAUAACGCGUCGUGUGUGUCAGACAUAACGUUUUAACCGAGGAGAGAACUGUCGACCGAAAACCACAGUCACAAAGCUGCAGUGUUCGUGUCAAGUUGCUCUUCGGAUUUAUAGUCUACCUUGUCGUCGUAUUAGAUUUGUUUAAACUCGCGGCAACCGUUUGUUGAAAAAUCAACUUAUCGGCAAUCAACCAAUUGAGCUCAAUAGAAUGGGUUCAGUUUCCAGUACAAGAACAGCAGUCAUGACUUCAGCACGCGAAUUCGUCGAGCAAGCCAUCGCUAAGGAAUCGGUCGUCAUAUUCUCCAAGACUUAUUGUCCAUACUGCAAAAUGGCCAAACAGGUAUUUGACUCAUUGAACAAGGCUUAUAUGGUGAUAGAACUGGAUGACAGAGAAGACGCAGAUGAGAUACAAACUGUGCUAGGUGAAAUAACAGGUGCCAGAACAGUGCCAAGGGUAUUCCUCAAUGGAACGUGCUUAGGAGGCGGUACCGACGUCAAAAAGUUGUACGAGAGUGGCGAACUUAUAAAGAAAUUUUAAAAACAACAAAGUGUUCUACAACACAUUGCAAAUAAUAUGUUUGAUGCAAUCUAUUUCAAUAUAAUAAAAUGCUGUCAUUUUAUCAACAUAAAAAUGCUAACACAGAG